AANCCGAGUAGUUUUUGCCUAUUUGCUGUAGUUUGUGCAGUGUAAAGGAUGGCUGAAAGUGACCCAGAUCUUUCAAACUCCUUUGGUGGAGCCAUAUUUCAUGAGCCCCAACCUUAUGUACCGUCAAACCCGAUCCAUGAAAAUGAUAUUGAAAGACUUCUGUCAGUGGAGAGCGAGGUGAUGGAAGGAUCAUGGUCUCGUGUGAAAAAGACAAAAGAUGCUGAAGUCUGGAGAAGGGAUUCUAAUGAGGAGGGAUUUCCACCAAUUACAAAGGCUGUUCUACAACUGGAAGAUGUUCCUUUCAAGAAAGUGGUGAAGCUGAUGACAGACUGGAAGUUGCGUCAGGAAUGGGACAAGACUGCAGCUGUUGUGGAUGUUUUGGACAGAAUAGGAAAUUUCAAAGUGGUUUACAAGUAAGGAAACUAAGGUUUUUGCUUGACAUUCUGCAGACCCUACAUGUUCCUCACCAUCAGAUCCCCUCUGCAAAUGUACAGAACCAAAUCAGGGUAUUAUGAGUGUAGAGGCAGUAUCAACAAAAAUGAUAUGAGUGCAACUGUCAUGACUGUCAUUGACUGAGAUGAGUGGUGGCUGAAUUGAAAAUGCUGAUGGAUAU